AUGGGUCGAAGCUUCCCCGCUGACCAACAGCUCGCCAUGGAGGGCAGACACACAGUAACGAUUCAUGGAGAAGCUGGACCUGUGAAAGUUGAAAACGACUUUGUCAGCCAUCGGCAAGCGCAUCCAAUCUGGCGGGGCUCAUGUCGAUCGCUCCAUCUCAUCCAAGGUGAAGGAGAUCAACACUCCCCGACCCCCAAGUCCAGUAUCAUCGAAGAGGCGACAGCCCCACCCGCGUCGGCGGCGGUUCUGACUGUCCCCUCAACCUCCGCAUCUGCGCCAUGGUUGGCCGCGGCGAGCUCUACGACGCAUAUGUCGUUUGCGCAGUAG